UCACUUCUCCUCUCCCUUGCCCCGCCGUCUCGUCUCCUAUCUCCUGUGGCCGUGUUGUGUUGGGUGUGAGGGGGUGAGAGCGUGGGCGCCAGACGCGAGGCUUCCCGAGGGAUCCGGAUAAGCAGCCGCCAGCCAGCACGAGUCCACCGCCGGCGCCUUGACUUCUUGCGAGGAACUGGCAGAGAUCUGCCCAUCCAUCCAUAAAUCGUAAUUCAUGAUCUACACAUCCUAUAUUCUGCCCGACAUUUCUGAAUCCGCAUCCUUGUUUACUGCGAAAAUACUGAUGCGCACAUGUCCCCUCCGAUCUCAAUCUCGAGGCGGUAGCAGUAGUAUAAUCGGCGGAGGAAGACGCAUCAGCGAAACUAGGUGGGAGGAACCGGAAGGGAGCUUGGACCUUGGAGAAGGCAAGCGGACCAGGGGAGUGGAGGUUCUUGGCUUCUUCGUCAUCCGCUCCGUUCCUCUUCGUGUCCGGGAAGAAGCGCCUCCGCUGGCGUGUCUGAACUGAUCCUCCCGUGCGCGAUCCUCUCGAAGAAUCCAUCGCCGUGGUCGACCAAUUCAGCAUUCCAAUCUUCAGCCAUGGCCGUGGACACCACUGAACCAGAGUACUGGCUCAACUGGAAGUUUUUGCUGUGCGCGCUCUGGGUGUACUCCUGCAUGGCUUUGGCUUGCUUCUUGAUUUGGAAGUACGAGGGGCCCCGUUCACGGGACAGCAAUGGUGAUGACGGCGGAGACAGAGAGGAGGCGCCGCCCCGGGCCGGACCUGGAGUGGUGUAUCUUGAAGAUUGCUGGAAGCCGUGCCUUGAGGAGAUCCACCCUGGCUGGCUGCUGGCAUUUCGCGUUGUGGCCUUCUUCAUUCUGGCUUCGCUUCUUUUGAUCGACAUAGUCACUGAUGGAUGGAGUAUCUUCCUAUACUACACGCAGUGGACGUUCUUGCUUGUCACCUUGUAUUUUGGGCUUGGCUCGCUGCUUUCAAUUUACGGAUGCUAUCAGUAUGCUUACAAGAUCAGUGGAGAUGGAUCUGAUCUGAUAGGAUCUGGUGCAGAUCAUGGCACAUAUAUCAUUGCUCCAACAGGGGAAAGUGCAUAUGGCCAUGCAAUCAAAAGUUCUUGUUACAGUAGAAUACAUGGAGGACAAGAAAUUGCAGGAUUUUGGGGUUACCUCUUCCAAAUUAUGUUUCAGACAAAUGCAGGUGCUGUGAUGAUUACAGAUCUGGUGUUCUGGCUUAUUUUGUACCCUUUCCUUGCCCACAAUCAAUAUGAUAUGAAUUUUAUUCUGAUUGGGACACAUUCAAUUAAUGUUGUCUUCCUAGUUGGUGAUGCUGCUCUAAACAAAUUGCAUUUCCCAUGGUUUAGGAUAGCAUAUUUCCUGCUGUGGACAGGCCUUUUUGUCAAUAUUCAGUGGAUCAUCCAUGCUAACGUGUCAAUUUGGUGGCCCUACCCAUUUCUAGACCUGGCAUUCCCUGGAGCACCUGUAUGGUACCUGGUGGUGGCCCUGCUGCACUUCCCGUGCUAUGCUCUAUUCACCCUGGUCCUGAGGCUCAAGCAUUCUGUGUUGGAAAGCUGGUUCCCUCAAACUUACGUCAAGUAAUCAGAGAAGGCUGUAGUGGUAGUUGGUUGUCCCUACACUACCCCCUGCAAAAUGAGCGGGUAUUCUGCUUACUGUCUACACCCCUGAAAUCACAUUGUUCAGGAAUAGAUUACACCUGCCUGUCGAGGGUUACCCCUUGAAGCGGACAUGUAAAAUUGGCAGAGCAUGCUCCAGAAAUUUUGAGAUCAACAGCCCGAUGGAGAUUUGUGUACAGUCCAUCAUAUACAUCAUUAUCUUUUUUUUUUA